CUAUCACACAUUUCACGAGGUUUCAGCUCUUGGAUCAUCUGAGUGCUAGACUGGUCUAGAUUUGAGCCAAACUUUAAUUGUCUCAAAUGUAUUUGGCCUUUAUCAGACACCAAAGUCCCUUACGAAGACCUCCUUCACUCUUAAGUUGCCUUUAAUCUAGAAGGGAAGAUGUCCGAUAAUACCUACAGCACUAUCCACACAUCCGGUGGCCCCUUCGGCGAAUUCGACAUCGUACCGCUUACAACAGUCUGGUCCCCUCCAGAUGGCUGUCCCUCCAUCGUGACAUUCGGUGGUUUCGCCACCAUCACGCUCUCCUGCUAUCCGCCCGACUACGAGUCUGUCUGGUACAACUACGGUUUCUACUCUCCUGGAAUCUGCCCAUCCGGAUACACGUCGGGAUGCACACCAACAGACACAGACUACGGUGGUCCUAUUCGACAAACGGAGACAGCAGCGAUAUGUGUUCCAAGUUAUUAUGUUGGUUCGUACUCUUGCUCCGACUUCCUCCUCCAUGCCAUCUCCACUUCUGGGGACAAUACAGUCUCCGUUCCCGCAUUCCAGAUACGAUGGGCUGAAUCCGACCUGUCCGCACUCGAAACACCACCUGUGGAAAAUACUGAUGAAUCAUCAACGUCACGUCAAUCCUCGUCUACAACUUCGGUAGGGAGUGGAUCCUCGUCCAACUCGAGUCUCUCGACAGGUGCAGUAGUGGGCAUAGCUAUAGGGUCUGCGGCCGUUGUCGCCAUCAUCGCGGCUGCUUUGUUUUUCAUGUGUCGAAGGCGAGUUACGGUCUCCCAGAAGGGUCCGGGUCCAUCUUGGCAGGAUCAGCCUCAUAGUGGGAUGGCAGAGCUAGAAACGCCAGCACAACACGUCAGUACCGCAGAUGUACCAAAGCCACCACAUGGUGCAAGCACAGUCGCGGAGUUGGGACAUAAUGGAAAAUAUAUGCCUCAAGCCGGUUAUACCUCCGGCGGGGUCCCUUAUAUCCCAACACAUGCUCAUGGUGGCGGAAUGCCACCGGAGCUGCCCCACGAUGGUCGGAUAGCGGAGCAUGGAGGCCAUGCUUCUCACGGCAUGGGAGUCAGGCAUGAACUUGGCGUGCAAGAGAGGCCAGUUGUGGAAAUGUAUGGGUCUUCGCCCCAGCCUGGCUAUACUAGACAGGAGAUGUCUUGAGUGCGUGUGUUGGG